UCAAGCCGCGCGUGCAGGUGAUAAGUUGAAAGAUAAGACAAAACCGUAAGUUCUAUCAAACAAGACAGAAUCCCACCUUUAGCCCAAUUCCCCGCAUCGUCAUUCUCUACAACAAUGUCAACAAUAAUAACAAGGCUGCUUAAUGGAACAACUAACGAUUACAGAAACAGAAUAAUACCCAUCAUGGCUGAAAUGACUGUCGAGGAGGUCAAUGCAAGAUUCGAAGAACUGAGCUUGCUCGAGGAAGACUUCGAAGAGACCGAGAAUGAGAUCAGUAGGACCUGCCCACCACAUGCCUCUCUUCCUCUCAAUCAAGACUGACGAAAAAUCGCGCAAAGUCCGUAAACAAUACGAACUCAACGGACCCCUCUACAAGAAGCGCGCCGAAGUAGUCGCAAAGAUCCCCCACUUCUGGGCCCUCGUCUUGGAGACCGCGCCCCCAGACAUUGACAAUUUCAUCCAGCCCUCAGACUCGAAGAUCUUCGCCGACUGCCUCGAGACCCUCGACGUGAUCCGCUUCGAGAUUGACGAGCCCAACGGCUCUCCCCGCAGCUUCGCGAUCAAGUUCGGUUUCAGCGACAACGAGUACUUUGAGGACAAAGUCCUGGAGAAGAAGUUCUGGUACCGGGUCUCGUCCGACUGGGAGGGACUUGUUUCCGAGCCCGUCAAGAUCAAUUGGAAGAAGGGCAAGGACAUCACUGAGGGAGUCACAGACGCUGCCGUCAAGCUUUUCAAAGCGAGAGCCGCGAAUGUAGGCUCUGGAACCGAAGACAAGGACUUGCCCGCGUACAAGGAACUUGUCAAGUUGAUCGAACAGUCCGAUGAAGCUUCGAACAACUUUUUCACCUGGUUCGCUUUCGUCUCGAGCUACAAAUUCAUCACCGCGGAGGAGUCUGCGAUCGAGUCUAAGAAGAAGGCAGAGCGCAUCGAGAAGCAGAGGCGCGGCGAGAAGGUCGAGGACCUGCCAGAAAUCGACCAUGACCCGACGCUGGACGUCCAGGAGGCCGAGGCUUUCCUACAGGGUGACGAGCUCGCCACUCUUAUCGCCGACGACCUGUGGCCGUCUGCCAUUAAGUACUUUAAACACGCGCAUGAGGCCGAGGACGACGACGAGGAAUUGUCCGAUCUCUCAGUGGACUAUGGCGAUGAGGACGGCGAUGACAGCGACGAGGACAUUGACAUCCGCGCACUCGUAGGAAAGGGAAGGCCAGGCUCAAGCGGCUCGCCCCCUCCCAAUCCCAAGAAGGCGAGGAAGGCAUAGAGAAGGAAAGAAAAUUAUGGAUUCACUUGGAGGGCAGCAAAAGCUAUGACGAUGAAUGAUGAUUGGUAUAGUUUGGGAUUUGGCUUUGUUCAAAUCUAUAGAUGGGAUGGCCUUGAUGAGGGGUGGGCUUUUUAUUUAGAUUUCGACUACUCAGGUACUAAUGAGAUGACGCUUGAGGUAGUCGUUAAUACUAUCGCUCGUUUCUAUUAU